AUGGGCUUCCUUUCUAGCAACAUUGCAGCCCUGUCUAGUCUUGCCGUGGCCGAAAUAGCCUCAGUUCCUCCUUCUGCCCACGACCUCUCUGCCCGCCAGGAAUCCGGCAUCACGACCGUCAAAUUUCUCAUCCGCGCAGUCUCAGAGCACCGCUUCAUGAAUGCUCAUCUUUGGAACCGCGAUCCGAUCGGCAGCAGUGCCCUUUACCAUGCAACGGGUGGCGAGAACAAGAUUAUCUUCAUGAAGAAGCUUGAUAAAGGGGCUCUACGCUGGUGGCAGCGGUCCACUCUUGAUUAA